GCACAGUCACAGUCAGGUACUGGAAAAACUGCAGCAUUUGUUUUGGCUAUGUUGAGUAGAGUUGAUCCGGAAUUUCAGUAUCCACAGGUAGUUUGUUUGUCCCCCACGUAUGAAUUAGCUCUUCAAACGGGAGAAGUUGCAGCAAUAAUGUCUACCUACUGUCCAAAUGUUUAUAUAAGGUUUGCUGUUAGUGGUGAAUGUGUUGAAAGAGGUUCCAAAAUAAAGGAACAAAUAAUUGUGGGUACACCUGCAACGGUUUUGGAUUGGGCGACUAAGUUCAAAUAUUUUGACCCAAAACAUAUUAAAGUGUUUGUGUUGGACGAAGCUGAUAUUAUGAUCAUGGGUCAUCAAAAUCGAUGUUUCCACAUUAGAAAGUUACUACCAGAAACAUGUCAAAUGAUUUUUUUUUCAUCCACAUAUUCAGAAGAUGCCAUGAUGUUCGCCAAUGCUAUUGCGCCUAUGUCUGUAAUCCUAAGAUUAAAACGCGAAGAAGAAACAUUGGGUAAUAUCAGACAAUACUACGUUAACUGCAACAACAAAGAAGAUAAAUACGAUAUAUUAAUGAAUAUUUGUGGAGCAGUGACUAUUGGACAAGCUUUGAUUUUUUGUCAGACAAAAAAAAUGGCUUCAUGGUUAGUUAAUCAAAUGGUAGAACAAGGACAUGCUGUUGCUUUGUUAUCCAGUAAACUCACAGUCCAACGAAGAAUAUCUGUCUUGGACCGUUUCCGCGAAGGAGAAGAAAAACUUCUAGUUACAACAAGCACAUUGUCUAGAGGCAUUGAUGUUGGGCAAGUCACGAUUGUUAUUAAUUUUGAUUUGCCAAUAACAGUCUCUCACGAACCUGAUUAUGAUACAUAUAUACAUAGAAUAGGACGAACUGGUCGUUUUGGUAAAAAAGGUAUUGCUAUUAACCUUGUAAGUGAUAGUUCGGACCAUUCUGUACUGAAGAAAAUCGAAGAACAUUUUGGUAAACCUAUUGAAUGUUUGAAUACAGACAAUGCAGACGACAUAGAAUGAUUGGAAGAAGAUGAUUGAUUUUUAAUAAUUAUAUGUAAUAUUUUUUCUUUAAGGGGACCUAACACUGACGUUUGUUGUUUCUGUCUUACAAGUGCGUAAAAUACCAAAUUUAUGACCAGCAGAUAACGUGUAGAUUUGUUAAUUUAAAAAUUAGAGUGAAUCGAACUAUACAAAACUUGAUGGUAAGAAAAUUAUCUGUGUUUGUAUGUGGGGUGUUUACGAUAGUU